AUGAAAGCUUGUUUAAAGAAUCCACAUGCUAAGGAAACAAAGCAGUCAAUUCUUGCAUUUCAAUCUACAAAAUCUGAGAAUAGUGAUGGUGCUUUGACCUCUUGGGUUUUUAACCAAGAGGUUGUUCGAAAGAYGUWAGCGAAAAUGAUUAUAAUGGAUGAACUUCCAUUUAGGUUUGUUGAAGGGAGAGGUUUUAAACAGUUUGUUGAGGCUGCAUGCCCUAGAUUUAAGAUCYCUUCUAGAUGGACAAUUAAUAGGGAUAUAUUCAGUAUUUACUUUGAAGAGAAAACCAACCUUAAGAAAUUGUUUAAGUCAAGCAUGCAGCGGAUUAGUUUGACCACUGAUACGUGGACAUCUGUCCAAAGAAUCAAUUAUAUGUGUGUCACUGCACAUUUUAUUGAUGAUGAGUGGAAAUUAAAUAAAAAGGUCAUCUCAUUUGUGCCUAUACAUUCACAUAAAGGGGAAAGUAUAGCUAAGGCCAUAGAGAGUUGUUUGCUUGAUUGGGGAGUAAAAAAUAUUUUCACCAUCACAGUUGAUAAUGCAUCAAGCAAUGACAUUGCCGUUGGGUUCAUGAAGAAAAAGGUGGCGAAUUGGGGUGGUUCUUCUACUAGGGCAGAGUACAUACAUAUGAGAUGCAUUGCUCAUAUUCUUAAUUUGGUUGUACAAGAUGGAUUGAAAUUAGCAGAUUCAUCAGUUAAAAAGAUUAGGGAUUGCAUUAAGUGGGUGAGGGGUUCUCCAUCUAGGUUGAAGAAGUUUAGAGAACUUGCAGAUUUGCUUGAAGUGGAAGAGAAAAGUUCCUUAUGUCUUGACGUUCCAACUAGAUGGAACUCCACCUAUAUGAUGUUUCGAAUCACAAUAGGUUACAAACAAGUUUUUGAAACGUAUGAGAGUAGUGACACCACGUUACGUUUGGAUUUGAGUGAUUCGGUGCCUUCCUAUCUUGAUUGGUUACAGGUUGACAGUUUGGUCAUAUUUUUGAAGACAUUUUAUGAGAUGACAAUUAGGAUAUAUGGCUCACUUUAUGUCACCUCAAAUUUUUUCUUAACCGAGAUUUCAGAUUUGAGUUGCAUUAUUGUCGAUAUGUUACAAUCUACGUCGAAAGUUGAAGAGGAAAUGGGUGUUAAAAUGAAAGAGAAGUUCAACAAAUAUUGGGGUGAUCCAGAUAAGAUGAACUUCAUCAUAUUUUUUGGCAAUAUAUUGGACCCGAGAGACAAGGUUGAGUACAUGCAAGUCCAACUCACUCAAAUGUAUGGUGAGGAUCAAGGUAAGGCAUGCUUUGAAAAUGUAAAGUCUAAAUUGGAUAUGUUGUUUCAAGAGUAUGUGUCAACAUAUUUCGAACCUUCUACCACUAUGAUGCCUCCUCCACCCAUUAAGUGUGAGAAUGUUCCCAUUGGAAGGGUACAAUCUAGAUUAAAGAGCCAACUUAAGAAACAAAAGAUGGAAAGUGGRGCUUCACUYAAYAAAAAGAGUGAACUUGAACUUUAUCUAAGUGAGUCGACCGUAGAUGAGACAAACGAUUUUGAUAUUUUAAGAUGGUGGAAGGUUAAUAGUGAAAGGUUUCCUAUUCUUUCGAAAUUGGCUAGAGAUGUGCUUGUUGUUCCAAUUUCAACUGUGGCAUCUGAGUCUACUUUUUGUACUAGUGGCCGGGUCUUAGAUAAUUUUAGGAGUUCUCUAUCUCCUAAAAUGGUAGAAGCUCUAAUAUGUACACAAGACUGGCUAAGAGGCCCUAGUCAGCCAAUUGCAGUUGAAGAAAACAUAGCUGAUAUUGAAAAGUUUGAGAAAGACAUGAUGAAUAUGAGAAUUGGAAGUUCAAGUUCUGUCACUGACCAAAAGGAUUCUCUUCCGGUUCCAGCUGUUGAUGUUGAUGUAGAUGACCUACAGCUAGAUGAUAUAUUGACUACUGAUCUAAGUGAAGAACAUAUACAAUGGUGUGAAGACAACAUGACCAAACCUGUGGCUCAAUGUCAGCAACCUGGAUCGUUUGGUGUUUUGCUGCUUGUUUGCUGUCAGCAACCUGGAUCGUUUCCGAGGCCUCCAUAUACGGUUCCUUCUCCUUACCCUCCCCAUCAAUUGUCUAGUAGUCAACCAUGUAUCGGUAACGGUGCACGCCAGUGUUCUGCGUAUACAGUUCGUCAUCGGAGACAACAUGGACCAUGCGCUCAACUUUUCCAGAAUAUGUUGUUGCAAUUGUUGGAUCUGCGCUUUUCUCUGGUAAAGUGA